AUGGCUACAAAGGAUAGAGAGGUUCUUCCCGAUGUGGCGAAACCGGUUCACUAUGAGGUCUCCUUGUUUGACUUGCAGUUGGGUGACUCUUGGGGCUACAAAGGCAUCGUUAAGAUAGACUCGAAAAUCACCCGCUCCACCAAGGAAAUCAUGUUGAAUUCCAAGGAGAUUGAGGUCCAGAAAGCUGAAAUUUUUGGAGAAGAUGGGACGAAAAUAACCCAGGCGUCUGAGAUAACCUAUGACCAGAAGUCAGAGCGAGUGACUUUGAAAUUCCCCCAGGAAAUUACUCCAUCGGAAGUUGUUCUAUCCCUAGCUUUCGCGGGUGUAAUGAACAAUUCUAUGGCUGGCUUUUACCGUUCUAAGUACAAGCCUGUUGCAAAACCCAGCCCUGAUACCCCAAGGGAGGGUGAUUUCCAUUAUAUGCUGAGCACUCAAUUCGAAUCCUGUGACGCACGCAGAGCUUUUCCGUGUUUUGACGAACCGAAUCUGAAAGCUACCUUUGAUUUCGAGAUCGAAGUUCCGAAAGGCCAAACAGCUCUUAGCAACAUGCCCGUCAAAUCUGAGAGAGACGGCAGUAGCCCUGGCCUGAAAGUUGUUUCCUUUGAGAGAACCCCCGUGAUGAGUACCUACCUCCUAGCAUGGGCUGUUGGUGACUUUGAGUACGUCGAGGCAAUGACCCACCGCAGAUACAACGGGAAAAGCAUACCUGUGCGUGUCUACACGACGAAGGGCCUCAAGGAGCAAGCCCGAUUCGCUUUAGAGUGUGCUCAUCGCACUGUUGACUAUUUCUCGGAAGUAUUCGAGAUUGAAUACCCUUUGCCCAAAGCGGACCUCCUUGCCGUCCAUGAAUUCGCCAUGGGAGCUAUGGAGAACUGGGGCCUUGUAACAUACCGAACGACUGCCGUUCUUUUCGAUGAGGGCAAGUCGGAUACUCGCUACAAGAACCGCAUUGCGUAUGUUGUUGCCCACGAAUUGGCCCAUCAAUGGUUCGGCAAUCUUGUAACUAUGGAUUGGUGGAACGAACUGUGGUUGAACGAAGGUUUCGCGACCUGGGUUGGAUGGCUGGCUGUCGACCACUUUUAUCCCGAAUGGAAUAUAUGGUCUCAGUUUGUCGCUGAAGGUGUACAACAAGCAUUCCAACUCGACUCGUUACGCGCAUCCCACCCAAUAGAAGUACCUGUAAAGAAUGCUCUUGAGGUCGACCAGAUUUUCGAUCAUAUCAGCUAUCUCAAAGGGAGCUCCGUGAUUCGGAUGCUGAGCGAUCAUCUUGGUCGUGAUACUUUCCUUCGGGGAGUAGCUAACUACCUCAAGACCCACGCUUACGGUAAUGCCACUACCAACGAUCUUUGGUCUGCACUCAGCGAAGCAUCCGGUCAAGACGUUAACAGCUUCAUGGACCCAUGGAUUCGCAAAAUCGGUUUCCCAGUUAUAACAGUGGCAGAAGAGCCUAGCCAGAUUAGCAUUCGCCAGAACCGAUUCCUUUCUACAGGUGAUGCAAAGCCGGAAGAAGACGAAACAACUUGGUGGAUUCCCCUCGGAAUCAAAUCGGGCUCGAAGAUGGAGGAAGUGAAUUCUCGUGCUCUUGUUGCCAAGACUGAUACUAUUCAUGGUGUCGGCCAGAAUUCGUUUUACAAGAUCAACAAGGAUCUUUCUGGAUUCUACCGGACGAAUUAUCCGACUGACCGGUUGGCAAAGCUUGGUAAAUCUCUAGAACUACUGAGCACCGAAGACAAGAUUGGGUUGAUUGGUGAUGCUGCUGCUCUUGCUGUGUCUGGUGAAGGCAGCACUGCUGCUCUGUUGGCCCUUCUUGAAGGCUUCAGUGAAGAGCAGAAUUAUUUAGUGUGGUCGCAAAUCUCUUCCUCGCUUGCAAACCUUCGCUCAGUAUUUUCUCAGAAUGAGUCUGUAGCUGCCGGACUGAAGGAAUUUGCUCUUAGGUUGGCAUCGCCUGCUGCUCAUAGACUUGGUUGGGAGUUCAAACCAGGCGAGGAAUAUCUUAUUAUUCAGCUACGAAAACUUCUUAUCGGAAUGGCCGGUCUUGCAGGUGAUGAGAAGGUUAUCACAGAAGCCAAAAGACGCUUCGAGCUCUGGGCUGCAGGGCAAGACAAGAACGCGAUUAACACUAAUCUGCGUUCAGUCAUCUUCGGCAUCAACGUCUCUGAGGGCGGUUCCAAAGAAUUUGACUCUGUCAAAGAAGAGUAUCUCAAGACGGACUCUGUUGAUGGCAAAGAAAUCUGCCUAGCAGCACUUGGACGCACCAAAGAUGCAAGACUAGUCCAAGAUUACCUAGACUUUGUAUUCUCAGACAAAGUAGCAAUCCAAGACGUACACAAUGGUGCAGUCUCCUUGGCUGCGAACUCAAAAGUCCGACAUCUACUUUGGGAGUAUAUGAAGGGCAACUGGGGUACCGUUGAGGCUCGCCUGUCGUCAAAUAACGUCGUCUUUGAGCGCUUUGUGCGAAUGGGCCUUUCUAAAUUCGCAGACCAAAGCAUUGGGGAGGAUAUUGCUUCGUUCUUCCAGAACAAGGAUACAAGUGCCUAUGACCGUGCGCUCGUUAUUGUUUCAGAUAGCAUUAGGACCAAUGCUCACUACAAGGAGAGAGAUGAGAAAUCAGUUCUGGAAUGGCUCCAGGCUCAUGGCUAUGCCUGA